CUUUAGUGUUCAGUUGCUUGAAAAUGUCACGGAUUUUGGUCGUGUUUCUGGUGCUCGGAGUGGCCUGCUCCCUGGCAGAUCCCAUUAACCGUAACGACGAGGUUACUUUACCUCAGCUCGAUGGACGCAUUGUCGGAGGACUGGAUACGAACAUCACCUUCUAUCCGCAUCAGAUCUCGAUGAGAUAUAAUGGAAAUCACCGAUGCGGAGGCUCCAUUUACAGAAAUAACCAAAUAAUUAGCGCUGCCCAUUGUGUGAACACGUUGUCGGGUCCGGAAAACCUUACCAUUGUGGCUGGCUCCUCAAACAUCUGGUAUCCUACGGGUCCUCAACAGCAGCUGGCUGUUCGUAAGUUCAUCAUUCAUCCAAACUACCGCAAAUUAAACAACGACUACGAUGCGGCCAUAUUGAUUUUGGAUGGAGAGUUUGAAUUCAACGAAGCAGUGCAACCCAUCGAGUUGGCCAAGGAGCGUCCUGAGCACGAUACACCCGUAACUGUGACAGGUUGGGGAACCACAACUGAAGAUGGUUACCUAUCCGACGUUCUCCAGGAGGUGAGCGUAAAUAUGGUGGAAAACACACAGUGCAAGAGUGCCUAUUCCAUUAUGCUGACCAGUCGCAUGCUCUGUGCUGGAGUCACCGGCGGCGGAAAGGAUGCCUGCCAGGGAGAUUCUGGAGGUCCUUUGGUCUACAACAACACACUCCUAGGCAUUGUCUCGUGGGGAACGGGCUGUGCCCGUGAAAAAUACCCCGGAGUUUAUGCCUCCGUUCCCGAUGUUCGCGAUUGGAUUAUCAAGACCGUUGAGGAAAACGAGUUUGUAGGCAAAAUUGACUUCCUGUAAAGUAAAGUCCGGAAAACAUAUCCAAACAUUCUGUAGCUUUGCUAAAUACCUCCAAAAUUACAUAAGGAGAUAACCAAUACAGUUAAUAACAUUGUA